CACAAUCGUGUGUCCUUGCUACUCCGUAUCGUGAGCUCUCGCUUCCCGUCAUUCGUUCAGGGCACAAGCUUUUGUUCAACAGACGGCUGCCUUCUCAAUCCCCCCAUCGUCUCGGGCCCGCUCGCCGACCACUGGCAGAAGACUUGAUGAUGGUGCCUGCCCACCCAGCUACUGGAGCCGGCUUGCCACUUCGCUCUUGAAGCCGUGCCCAUUCCGCUCCCACCUGGCCACGCCGCUUCUGGCCCUCUCUCGAGUCGCUCGCCGCGUACAAAUGUCGUCGGACCCUCCCGGCAGCGGUCAAGGCCGACGCCGACAGUCCAUUCCUCUACAGAAUCUGCUAUCGCCUGCGACCCCGACCGACCAGUAUGGUCACGAUGCCACGAGUUACUGGCAUCCUCCAUACAGCGCGUCUGAUGAUGACGCGAGCCCCGGUUCCCCGAUAGAUCCUACUGCUCUGCAGUCGGCCCUGCCACCCGUCAUCGGUCAGCCUGCAGACCACGAUGGACGCUUCGAUACUGCCUCUGUCGACGCGUUUGAUGGGCCCAUGCCACAGUACGCCGAGGAAAUAUCACAUCAAGACUACACGGACUCGGACAGAGUCCCCCUAACGGCCGGCGCGCAACCGAUAUCGGGCUCCGUUCCUACUGGUCAUGAUGGGUCUCAAGCUCGGGACUGCUUCCAGACAGCAUCAGGACGACAUGGCGGUCCGACGAGAGGGCACAAUACAACGGCUUCACUGCCCGGGCUGGACCCGGGCUUCGGGUCCACGAGACAUCGCAGUUAUGGUGCGUCGUUGAAUCCAAACGAAUAUCGAAUUUCCCGCUCGCCCUCGACAGCAGGCGCCCUGGCCAAAGCCGGUUCGAUGGUACGAGCAAUGUCCCAACGGGUGGUCAACAUUAGCGGAGAAAGCGAAGUCGUCGACCAACGCGCAUCGCGGCAUCGAUCGCGGUCGCCGCGAGCCUCUGAAUACGAUUGCGAGCGAAGCCCGUCGAUUUCCAUGCUCGUCGAUACCUCAUACCGAUCGCAAAGCGCAGGGGCACCUACCGAGAAAGCCCCCGGUAUCGAUCGCGUAGACGAGCCUCCGCGGCCCCGAGCACCACCUGCAAACCCCCUCAAAGGACACACCCUUGGGUUUUUCUCGCCAGAGAGCCGUGUCAGGCUGUUCCUUUGCGACAUCUUAGUCAAUCCCUACACGGAACCGCUCAUCCUUGUCCUUAUCGUUCUGCAGACUGUCUUGCUUACUGUUGAAGCUGCGCCGAGUGUGUUCUCAGAGGGGAAUGGACGCCCUGAGAGGUGGGGAAGCAAGGCAAUUGACUGGGUCAUGCUCGGGCUCUUCGUUGUAUUCACCGUGGAGCUGAUCGUGCGCAUCAUUGUCUCGGGGUUUGUCAUGAACGCUCCCGAAUACAGCAGCAUCGACAGAAAGCAGGGAGUCCGCGCUGCAAUAAUGGACAAGUAUAGAACCCUCUUUCAACCCGAACGACGAAAAUCUGUCAAGGGUGCUCGUCAAACAGGACCUCAGCCUUCCGCCUUUGCUCGCUCUUUUACAACGAUCAUGCAAGGCCAGCAGGCGUUGCCGGAGACGUUGGAGGAGCAACAGCGAUUUCAACUCGCACGUCGAGCUUUCCUGCGCCAUGGCUUCAAUCGCUUAGACUUCGUGGCCGUCACAUCCUACUGGAUUGCCUUCGUGCUGGGAAUAACCGGCAUCGAGCACCACUACCAUCUCUACGUGUUCAAGAUGCUUAGUUGCCUGCGCAUCUUGAGACUGCUCUCUCUCACACACGGGACGGCUAUCAUACUGAGAAGUCUGAAGAAGGCCGCGCCGCUUCUGGUUCGCGUAGCCUUUCUCAUCGGUUUCUUCUGGCUUCUUUUCGCUAUCAUCGGCGUACAGAGUUUCAAGUCUAGUUUCAGCCGUCAAUGCGUCUGGCUAGAUCCGCAGGACCCGAAAAACCUCACUGCCUCUUAUACGAACGAGGAUGAGUUUUGUGGUGGCUACUUGAGUAAUGACACAGGGGGCACCAUGCCCUGGGUUCAAUUCGGUACCCCGGGUUCCCUCGAUAAUCUUGUCAACGGGACCCGUGAGGGAAAAGGGUUCAUUUGCCCAAAAGGAUCCAUAUGCCUUGCCCAGCACAACCCCUUUAACAACACAGUCAGUUUUGACAACAUACUGCACUCGCUUGAACUCGUCUUCGUCAUCAUGAGCGCGAAUACCUUCUCAGACCUCAUGUACAACACGAUGGGUUCGGACUACGUUUUGGCUGCCCUCUUCUUUGGGGCUGGCAUCAUGAUUAUGCUCCUGUGGUUGACAAACCUGCUCAUUGCCGUCAUCACGUCUUCCUUCCAGGUCAUACGCGAGGAAAGCAAGUCCAGCGCUUUCACGGCUGACCCUGACCCCGUCAUGCAUGAGGCGCCAGAGGAGCGCUUGCGACGAUCUUCGGCGCUGCAGCGCUUAUACGAUAAAACAUCUCCGGCUUGGGUCAUCGUCAUUACAUUCGCAUUGAUUUGCCAGGCCUUCCGCAGCGCCUCCAUGUCACGCUCCCGCGAGAAUUUUAUCAAUGUUGCGGAGGUUACCGCUACUAUACUGCUCGACAUCGAAAUAGUCAUUCGUUUUGCUGCCAACUGGAAGAGAUUUCAUCGGAGUUGGCGAAACAUGUUCGACUUGGGCUUGGCAGUCAUAACGACUAUCAUCCUGAUACCACCGAUUCGUCAUUCACGCGCGUAUUCCUGGCUCAGCGUUUUUCAAAUUGUGCGAGCCUACAGAAUUGUCCUGGCCAUUUCGGUCACCAGAAAGCUAAUUCUUUUGGUGUUGGGCAAUGCGGCCGGCAUUGCCAACCUAAUGCUUUUCGUCUUCCUCAUGACAUUCCUGGUGGCAAUUCUGGCCUCCCAGCUAUUCCGCGGCGAACUUCCAAUGCACAACGAUAACGGCGAACUCAGGCGUAUCUCAUUUUUUACCAUUUAUAACUCCUUCCUUGGCAUGUAUCAGAUCCUGUCCAGUGAAAACUGGACUGAGAUCCUCUAUUCCGUCACGGCCCGCCUUACAGGUCUGAAAACAGCUUGGAUUGGCAGCAUGUUUCUUAUUGGGUGGUUCAUCUUGUCGUUCUUCAUCCUGAUCAACAUGUUCAUUGCGGUCAUUCAGGAGAACUUCGACGUGUCAGAGGACGAGAAACGUCUUGAGCAAGUCAAGGCUUUCCUGCAACGAAAGGAGCUCGGCCGCACUGAGAGCAACUUGGCAUUGUCUACCAUAUUUUCCCUGGGCAGAUCUCGAAGGCGAAAAGAUCCGCUGGACUACGGGCCUGCCAUGAUGGAGAUGCUCCUCAAGGAUGCCGUUGUUCGCGACUUCCUAGAUGAUGACCCGGCCGACCCGUUGCAGGACCAAAGCGGACAUGGUGGUCCAGGUACGUCUUUGCCUCAGAGAAGCACAACUGCGCUUUUCGGACCAGACAUCAAGCCCGGAUACCUGUCCAAGCUAUGGGCCGGAUUUGUCCACCGAAUGACCACGAAGGAGCCCAACCCCUUUUACGCCAAUAUUCGUUUUGACGGACCAAAUGAUACCUUGGAUCCGCGCCAAAUGGCGCGUCAAGCUGUCUCGGCCACUUCGGCUCGUCGGAAAGCCCAGCGAGAGUAUCUCGCUCAACACCCAAGAUACAACGAUUCUCUCUAUAUUUUCCACCCAAAGAACCCUGUAAGGCACCUUUGUCAGAGAUUAGUGGGGCCAGCGAGGGGCUUCGAGCGAUUCGAUGGCGUGGAGCCGAACAAGAUAGCUUGGUACGCCUUCUCGGCCUUUGUCUACGCCGUUGUGGUAGUCAUGGUUGUCCUGGCCUGUGUCACAACGCCUUUGUAUCAGAAAGAGUAUAAGGAACGGCACCCCGACAGCCUCUGGAACUGGUACGUCUGGACGGACCUGGCUUUCACGAUUGUGUUCACUUUCGAGGCGGUCGUCAAGACCAUCGCCGAUGGUCUGAUCUGGACUCCAAAUGCCUACCUGCGCAGCUCUUGGGGCAUUAUCGACAGCAUCGUCCUCAUAACGCUCUGGAUCAAUGUGGUCACCUUGCUCGUCAAUGAUGGCGCGAUCUCCCGAGCCGUGGGGGCGUUCAAGGCACUACGAGCCUUGCGCCUCCUCAAUGUUAGCGACAGUGCUAGGGACACAUUUCACUCACUCAUAAUCGUAGGCUGGUGGAAACUUCUGGGGGCAGCAUUCAUCUCGCUUUCCCUCUUGAUUCCCUUCGCUAUAUAUGGCCUGAACCUGUUCAGUGGGCUUAUGGUGUCAUGCAACGACGGAAACAAUAUUACCGCCUUGGAAAGCUGUUUCGGCGAAUAUAGCAGCACGCCCUUCAGCCAAGACUGGCCAUUGUUGGCCCCUCGAGUGGCAUCUAACUCGUACUUCAACUUUGACGACUUUGGGUCCUCGCUGUUCACCCUCUUUCAGAUUGUCAGCCAAGAAGGCUGGACAGACGUAUCCUUUGCAGCUCAAGCGAUUGUUGGGCGUGGGCUGCAACCUCAAGACCUGGCCUCCCAAGGCAACGCGCUGUUCUUUGUCGCAUUCAAUCUUUUGGCAACUGUUUUCGUCCUCACGCUGUUCAUUUCAGUUUUCAUGAGAAACUACACGGAGCAGACAGGCGUCGCCUUCCUCACCGCGGAGCAGCGAUCAUGGCUAGAAUUGCGGAAGCUGCUCCGUCACAUAUCGCCGUCAAAGAGCUCGUACAACGAAUCAGGCAAGAAUUGGAGGAAAUGGUGUCACAAAAGAGCGAUUGAGAAGAAGGGUAAGUGGUACCAGGUUAUCACAGUUGUUCUCGUGCUUCACUUGCUGCUUCUGGUAGUCGAGUUUAGCUCCGAACCGCUUUGGUGGACUCGGGUACGAGAGCUUGUUUUCCUGCUCUUUGUUCUGAUAUACGUUGCCAAUAUCGCCAUUCGAAUCCUUGGACUCGGCUGGACACGCUUCCGACGCAGUUCCUGGGACCUCUACGCUCUUGUCACAGUGUUUGGCGCCUUUGUGGCUACUAUGGCGCUGCUGAUUGCAGACACGAGAGCCGAGACAUACGUCCAGCUUCACAAGAUCUUUCUCGUCGCCAUCGUUUUACUAGUCAUUCCGCGCAAUGAUGCACUCGACCAAUUGUUCAAGACGGCUGCCGCCAGUCUGCCUGUCAUAAGCAAUUUGCUGGCGACAUGGCUCGUGUUGUUUCUUGUGUUCGCCAUUGCGAUGACACAGGCGUUCAGCCUGACGCGGUUCGGGAAAAACGAAACAAAUAACGUCAAUUUCCGCAGCGUUCCCAAGGCACUCAUCUUACUCUUCCGAAUGAGCCUGGGUGAGGGCUGGAACCAGAUCAUGGAGGACUAUGCUGGCAUUGAGCCGCCGCUGUGCGUGGAGGAUGACAGGUUUUAUGAAAGCGACUGCGGGAGCAAACCUUGGGCCAGGUUUCUGUUUGUUGCCUGGAACAUCCUGAGUAUGUACAUCUUUGUCAACUUGUUCGUGUCUCUCAUCUACGAGAGCUUCAGCUAUGUCUACCAGCGCUCGAGCGGCAUGGCGGCGGUCGACAGGGACGAGAUCCGGCGGUUCAAGGAGGCAUGGCGGAGCGUGGAUCCCGCGGGCACCGGCUUCAUCAGCAAGGAAGCGUUCCCACGGCUUUUGGGAGAACUGUCGGGCGUCUUCCAAAUGCGUAUUUACCAACCCGAGGACUCUGUGGGCCAGAUACUGGAGGACGUGAGGGCCGAGCCUCGAGCCUCGCGACACAUGUCCAUCGCCACCGCGAGCGCCUUCAGCGAGGUGGAUCUGGACAAGCUCAACAAACGGCUCGCCCUCCUGGACGUUAAGAAGAUUCGAGAGAGGAGAAGGCGAUACAACAUCUUUUUCGGAGAGGUGCUGGUCUCGGCUGAUCCAGACAAGGGCAUUGCCUUCUCGGAUGUACUGAUGAUUCUUGCACAUUACAACAUCAUCAAUGACAGCAAGAGUCUCAAGUAAGUUGGGCGAGGACACUGGACCGUGGACGCGAACUUUGCUAAUGCAAGCCCACUAGACUGGAAGAGUUUCUGAGGCGACGGGCAAGGUUGCAGCGGGUGGAUGAGGAGAUCAGACGCAAAAUCGUCCAAGGCUUUUUUGACACAUUGUACUGGUCGAGGCAAUUCAAGAAGCACAUGGACCGAAAACGCGCGUCCCGGAUGUCUGGCGUGCCGCAGCUGACGAUUCCUGACAUCCUCGUUGACGGCGACGAGGUCGGGGAUCACUUGGAGAGCGAUGGCGACGGGGCGGGCCGAGCAUUCAAGCCCGAUGAAGGGUCGGUUGCGCGAUGGACUCACCUGAGUGUGGGCGAGGGCGGGUCUGGGCCACAGGUAUGGAGGAGCCCAGACGCUGACAGGGCGCAGCGGGAGGGCCUGUAUGAACACCCGCUGAGCCUGCCUCGGCUGUCGGUGUCGAGCGGUGCGCAGCAGGAGACAGCUUCGGGCUUCAGCUUCGAGCUCUACGAGCCAGAGGGCCCCGCGCCGAGCUCAGCGCAGACCAGCCGACGCGGGAGCGCGGUGAGUCCGACGCAGGCCCGGGACAUGUUGGAUGACUCGGUGUGGAUGGAGAGUAUACGGCGCAGCGCGACGUUGCGUCGGCCGGAUAGAGGCUCGUAUCGGUACGGCGACCUGGGCUGAGGCUCUUGGAUGGGCAGCACGAAAGGGCGGCAGCGAGAUGUCACCCACUACCUGAUGUCAGCGGAUACAGUUUAUUAGCAGCGUCGGCGUUUGGCAGAAUUGAAGGUCACAGGGGCAGGUUGAUUCGGUAGAUGGCACUACAGCGGAACUACAGGUGCUGCGCAGCGCAGUGAAAUGCCGUCCGGGACAGUUCAGAACCGCAAAGGCAUGGUACCUUGUAGUGGUGGUGAUAUCUGCGACGUGUGAAUGACGCGGGCAGCUGUGAAUAUUGGGUGAAGCAUACCACGCGGG